GCUGCGAAUUUAAACUGGUCACCGUUAGUUUAAUUAAUUUUUCACUUUUAUACAUAGCAAAAAGAAAACAAUUUAAAAUGUCUCGAAUAAUCAAUGUGGUGGCGAUUUUGUGCUUAGCAAUUGUGGUAACAGCUCAAGAUUAUGACGAGUAUUAUUCGGAAAAUGCGGGAAAACCACGUCCAGCUCCAAUUCGACUGAGACAGGGAAAUGAACCAGCACCGACUCCAGUGCCAAUUCUUAAACAGAUAAACAGGCACAAUGAAGAUGGUUCCUACACCUACGGCUACGAAGGAGCUGAUGGUUCAUUCAAAAUCGAAACAAAGUCCCCAACAGGAGAAGUUAAAGGAAAGUACGGAUAUGUUGAUGAAACAGGAAAGGUUCGUGUUGUCGAGUACGGUGCCAAUAAGUUUGGUUUCCAGCCUUCUGGUGAAGGUAUCACCGUAGCCCCACCCACUCUAGUCGACGAGACCACCAACAAGGAUGGCCUGAAUGUGGAUUACGAAGAUGAGCCCCAGCCCCAGAAGCCUUACAUUGCUAGAGUGGCACGACCUCAACAGGUGCACCGUCCAAGACCUCAGCCACAGCAGCAGCAGUAUGCGGAAUAUGAGCAUGUCCAGCCUCAAGCUAGGGCACCGGUACAACAAGCCAGACCAGUCCAAUUAGCCAGGCAGCACUACUCUGACUCCCCUGUACCAGCCCGUGCUCAAGUUCCCGGUGCCGUACCCACCAAUGACGUCGUCUACUCCCGGGAACAGCGACCAGCUCGUCCAGAUCCCAGCUACAGUCAACGUCACACAUUCACAGGCUUCGGUGCUGGAAUCCCAGCCCAGCCAACAGCUCGUGUCUCAUACCAAGAGCAACCCGCUUAUCAGUCACAUGCCCCCCAAGAGAUUCAAUACUCAGCCCCAAGGGCCGCUGCCCCAGCCCCAGCUCCCACGUACCAUCGCCAGCAAGCUGGACGAAGUGCCAGUCUCCUGGAUCAACUAGCUAAGGACUAUGCCCUUCCUCAAGGUGGUGCAGCUCCCCUCCAUGACAUCACCUUUGGUUACUACUAAAUGUGAUUCUUCUGUUUUCGUAUUUUUAAAACAAACACCAUUUUGAAAAAAAAAGCAAAAUUUGCAAUUGAAAGUUUACUUCAAAAUUUGCAUGAAAAUUGAGAUUGGAACACAAAAUUUAUGAUACUGAUGUAAAUUUUUAGACUCAUAUGAUUUAUGAUAUGUAUUAUUUAAUGAGAUAUAGAAAAGAAAACGACAUUUUUUAUUAUUA